AUGGCUAUCCGAAAGAGCCUCGCCGCCACUGGGCUGGCUUUACUGAUGGCGACUACCACCUCCGUCGUGAGUGGCAAGCCUAUCGAGCAUCUUUCCAAACUCGUAGCUAGGGACCCGCCGCAAGCGCUCCCCGAGAAAGCCACAGCUGGUGAUAAGAAGUGGCAGCCGGCAAUGGACUUCGACACUGAUGGGUGCUACAACACACCGGCAAUCGACGCCAACGGGAACAUAAACCCAGGUCUGGAUCACCAAAGUACUGGCACGUCCUCCAACUGCCACGAUCUUUCGGACCUCACCAACAACAAUGUGUACUCGCGAGCGCGGUGCAAUAACGGGUGGUGCGCGUAUAUGUACGACUACUACUUCGAGAAGGACGUUGCGCUGCCCAACGUUCCGUUCGACCCCGGGCACCGCAACGACUGGGAACACAUCGUCGUCUUCGUACAGAACGACGUGGCUAAAGCGGUCGCGGUAUCUCAGCACGGCAAGUACCAGACCAAGCAGGCGAGUGAUGUGCGCUGGGAUGGCAACCACCCCAAGACUAUUUACAACAAGGAUGGAAUCAGCACCCACAAUUUCCGAUUUGCCAACGAGGGCGACGAGGCCAUCGAAAACGACACGGGCAAGUGGUUCUACGGGGCUCUGGUCUCGUACAACGGGUUCCCUAACACUGGGCUCCGAGACAAGUUGUUCGCGUACGAUUUCGGCGACGCUUCCAUUGCUAUCAAGGAUGGCAAUUUCGUAAGACAGCUAGAAUUAGCACGCAGCGACCUGGUGCCUGGAUUCGACAGCAGUGUAGAUGAUGGGUCACCUGGGAAUCCGUAA